AUGCAUAUUUGUCUCAAGAGCACGGCAGAAAUAAUAACAACUCAAAUAUUUAUUGUCGUUCCAUUUGGAGAAAGCGUAUUUUUAUCAUUCUUCAGUUUAACAACGUCAAGCGGUGGUAAUGGUGAUAAUAGUAAGAAUAAUUCAACAAUACUACAAAUACCGCCAACAUCAACUCUCAAUAAUCAGCCACAGCAGCUGUCAUCAGCCUCGAGUAAAACUGAAACAAAACCUUCUCCUCCCACGAAGGCUAAGACUUCUAAACGACCGAAACCAACUAAACCAACAAAAACAAAGACAAAAUCAGCUCCAUCUGUUCAAUCGUUCACUUCAUUAUUUUCGUUAAAAACGUCAAAUGCAACGAGAGCCACAAGUAAUCAGACACAAACAGAGUCAUUCGUUGCAUCCACUAGUGGUGGCAUCGCCAUCGAAGAGGCAUCCACUACUAAGUCAACUGGAACAAUUACCGAAAAAUCUCCAAGCACUGGAACAGCGGACACCAAUACGGAACUUACUCCUACUACUGAGCUCACUGGAACAAACACUACUGAAGCAACGGAAACAAGGACGAAGCAGGCCACUGUGGCCGGUACAAUGACAAAUGCUGGUAUGUGUAUAUCUUGAGACGAUGCUAAGCUAACGUGCAUAUUUAAAAGCGAUAUGUUGUCGAAAUUAGUAACACAAGAUGAUGUUAUAUCAUCGAUAAGCGAAAGAAGGAUUCUCGCCCCAGUUGUGUGCUGUGAAAAUGAGCUUUUAUGUUCACCUUAGUGCGAAUGAACACAGCGCAUCUAGCCGCGGAUACUACGUCUACAGAUCUAGUAAUAUUCAACACAGUCUGCGUGUAUUUUCUCGAAUCAAACCUAACAGAAAACUACAAAUCAGCCAAUUUGAUUUCUUAUGCAACCAGUAUACAAUUUUAUAACAGCAAUUAUCGCCGAUAUUAGUUUUGUAUGAUCCAAAGCUCAGUCAUGGAGACAAGGCUGUGGACAGAAUAGUGUGACAAUUGAGUAGACUAUUAUAUUCUUCCCUGUUUUUCAGCGACUUCAACAUCGACAUUGACGACUACAAGUAGGUUUAUCUUGUGUAGAAAAUACACCAAAUACAUCGGUCGCAAUGGUGCAGACUAGCUUUAAUCUAAGAAACUAAGCUGAAUACAGAGGCGUAUGUGUAGUAGAAAACUAGGCCCUAUUUCC